UUAGGCGAACGAGUUAAUCGAAUUAGCUGUGAGCCGAAAAGGAAAGGCGAGAAGAAGAGUGGAAGUAUAUAUGGUAAUUGAAGAGAGUGGUGUCGUGCCGUUCCCAGCACUUUAAUUACAAUAUUUUUUAAACUUCAAUUACUGUAAUUAUGCUAAUGAGUUGAAAAAAUUAAAAUGCAAUCUCAUAAUUAAUUCGAAAAAAUUAUUUGUUAGUGCGCAUAAAUUGUGCAAGAAUAAAUAAAUUAAAUACUUUUAGUGCAUUAAAAUACGAAUAAAUGUAUAAAAGGAAAAUGGUGAAUACAAAAAUAAAUUAAUAAGUGGAAACAGUGCGAAAAACAACAACAAACGCAAGAGAGUUAACAAGUAAUUAAUUCAAAAGUGGAACGUUGCCGUCAACGCAGCAAAAAUUAAUAAUUAAACAAAGUGGCUGAGGCGGCAAAUAGCAAGAGAAGUGUGCAACAAAAGUCUGUUUUACACAAACAAUAAUAAAAAUGCCAACGAGUGUUUAAUUAAAUAGCAAAUAGUGUGAUAUAUGUAUGUGUGUUUAGAGAGUGAGCGAAAGUGUGCAAAAAUAGCGGCUUUAUUUAUUAAAUCUGCAUAUAUAAACGCAAGCUGGCAACACUAACACAAAUUAACGGCAGAAGAAAGUGCACAAACAAACAAACAUCACGAAGACGGCAGCGCAAGCAAGUUCAAGCUAAAUGAAAGGUGCAAAAAUAAAUUCGCCGGAAGCAGCAACAACAACAACAAGAGCAACAGCGACGUCAGCAGCCAGUGUGCUUAAGCGGCGACAACCCGAACUAGAAAGGACUCAGCGUUAAACCCUAAUUGCCUUGACUCGCUUGUCGACGCAACGCACGUGAGAGCACAUGCAUAUGCACACAAAUACAUACAUACAUACAUAAGUAAACAUAUGUAAACACACAUACAGGCGCAGUCAUGCUGUGAGUUCGUUGGACAACUCGGCUUGGCAGCUGUGUUGUGGCGCAAAACCAGUUUCUUGCAAGCAGCAAAGUUUAAAGACAUUCUGUUGAUUAAGCGGAAAGUUUAAAACAGCAACAACAAGAAAAAGCUCAGAAAAAUACUUACAAAGUAUGUGUGUAAUAUAGUCGGCGACAUGUGGUUCUCGCUGUAUCUUUGUUCGUGUAAGUUAGGUCGUCGUAAAAUUGCUAGUUGUGUGGUUCACUGAGCAAACAACAAUAAUAGUAACAACAAUAGCACACCUAUAGGUGACAAACUUAGCAACAACAUUUCAACUUUAACCUCGGCAAAGUCAAAAGAGCGCUACAAAAAUGAACGCAGCACAGAGUGGCGGCCACACGAGCAGCUCGAUGGGCAAGAAGGGCUCGCAAAUGGAGGAGCUGGUUGCCAUCUCGCCGGAACGACGUAAUUGGCGCGGCAUAUUUAUAGCCUUGCUGGUAAUAGCAGCAGUCUUCAGUCUCAUAAUUUUCUCAAUUUUCCUACUGUCGCCAGAGGAUGAAGGGUUGCGCAUACGCGGCCGUCACAUGGUGCUGCCUGACAUUUUAGGCAAAAGUUUGCAGUGGAAGCCCUUCAACGGCACUUGGAGUAGCGACAUUGAACUAAUAUACCGUGACCCCACGGGCGGCUUAUCGAUAUUAAAUCUAGACAAUUACACAACGAGGGUCCUAAUGACCAACUCGACAUUCCGCCAACUGAAUGCUGAAUCGUUUCUUGUAUCGCCCGAUCAGAAGUAUGUGCUACUGCAGUCCGACAGCAAUGCGGAAGGCUCGAGACAUCACGUUUACGAGGUACAAACAGCAAACACCUUCCCGUUGGGUCCAACGGAGAACAUAGCAGAACCGCCGCGCCUGCAAUAUGUGACAUGGGCGCCCAACGUCCCACCCGCGGCAACCACAACAAGCACCACCACCACCACAACAACAGCAACCAGCACAACAACUACAACGCGAGCGCCAACCAACACAACAACAUAUGCGGCACGUACAGCGGCCAGCGCUGCGACAGCGAAUGCCGUGAAUGCCUCGAGUGGUGGCAGCAUCUUGCUGAGCAGUUUGGCGGGUGCAGCGACCGGUGGCGGUGUGGGCAAGCCGCCGCCGAGUAAUUUCCAAUAUCCAAAUGGCGGCGCGGUAAAAGCGUUUCCACAAAAUCAGGCAAUCGCCUUUGUGUACGAGAACGACAUCUACUACAAGCCGAAGGUUCAAGGCGAGCUAGUGUGUCGCAUUACAACAACAGGUCGCGCUGGCAUCGUCUACAAUGGCAUCCCGGAUUGGACGUAUGAGAACGUGCCGGAGCUGAAUGGGCGCAGCAGCGGUCUCGCCUUCUCACCGGAUGGUCUAUUUUUAGCGUUUCUCACAUUCAACGACAGCGAUGUGAAUGAAUACAAAUACACCUGGAUGGGCGACGACAUCAAGUACCCUGCUGUGCUAACACAACGCUACCCCAAGGCAGGCGAAAUCAACCCGAAUGUCACCGUGAAUGUGGUAAACCUCUCCGUCCUCAAAUAUAUCUUCCCCACACAAAUCAAACUUCCAGCCGAUUUAUCGAAUGGUAGCUACAUUGGCGCGCUAACUUGGGCCACACCCAUCGACCUAUCCGUGACGAUUACCAAUCGUGGUCAAACUAAGGCGACAACGGUGGUUUGCCGCGCACCGGACUUCCAUUGCCAUCCCGUGCACACAGAGGUAACAGUUAACGAUGGCUGGGUGUUACCAGCCGAGCGUCCCAUAUUUUCUGUACACAAUAGCGUAAAUCUCAAACGAAACCAACAACAAUUGCUUGUCAAUGGGCUUAAUGGCAACAACAGCUACCACAAUGUGAGCAACGGUCAGACCACUUAUGAGAUCUCACAUGGCGGCUAUCUGCUCAAGCGUCUUCCGGUGCGUGAUGGUGAACACGGACAUUUCCGACAUGUGGUUUUCAUCUCCUCGUUGGAUCGCCGACCAGUGCCACUCACAAUGGGACGCUUCGAAGUCACCGAGCUUUUGGGUUGGGAUGAAGCUCAUGAGAUUGUCUACUUUAUGGCGGCGCCCGAGAAACGUCCGGGUGAACGGCACCUCUAUAAGAUCAGUCUCAAAUUAAAUGAGACGCAGAGCAAUCGCGCGUAUAUAACUUCAACACAGCCGACAUGCUUGACCUGCGACAACACCAUAUCCACUUUUCGUCUAUCUGCACAGGGUAUACUUGUAGAGGACGCUGAUAACCGCAGCGAUGACGAAACUGAGUGUUACUAUGAUAUACCAAAGAACUGUCUUUACAAUAAAAUCUACUUCAGCAAAGACUACUCGCACUAUGUGCAAGAGUGCCUGGGACCGGAGUCACCCAGCGUCUACAUGGUGGAGACACAGAGCAACAUGAAGACAUAUAUACUUAACGCGGGUCACAGCUUGCGAUACCGUUUGCAGCAGCUCGCCUUGCCACAAAUACGUACGUUCAGCGUAGAGAUACGGCACGGCUUCCACGCGCAAGUCCGUCUCUACCUGCCGCCAGGAAUGCGAGAGGACGAAGAGGUCGCCUUUCCGCUCAUACUGCACAUCAACGCGGCACCGGGUUCACAGCUGGUCACCGAAAAGUAUCAAGUGGAUUGGAACUGGUAUUUGAGCAGUCAACGCUCCAUGAUUGUGGCGCAAAUUGAUGGACGUGGCAGCGGAUUUCAGGGCGAGCUCCUGCGCACACAGGUGCACGGCAAGCUAGGCACCGUCGAAGUGGAAGAUCAACUGGGCGUAUUAACCUACCUGCGCGAUAAUUUGAAAUUCAUUGAUCCAUCACGUAUUUGCGCCUACGGCUGGGGUUACGGCGGCUACGCGGCCACCAUGACGCUCAUCGAUGACUCGCACCAAGUGCUGCAAUGCUCUGUGGCCGUCAACCCGAUUGUCUCCUUUGGCUAUCACUACUCAUUUUUCACCGAACGUUACAUACCGCUGAAGGGCGACUACUUGCGCGCUCUGCAGGAGGCUGACUUGACCAUGAAGGCUGGCAAUAUUAAGGGUCGCAAUUUGAUGUUGAUACAUGGCACGGCGGACAGAUUAGUGCAUCAGGAGCACACGUUGAUGUUGGUGCGAGCGCUGGUGGAUCAGCAAGUCAAGUUCAGACAUCAGGUCUAUCCCGAUGAGGAUCACGCGAUGACGAAAUCACUUAGUCACGUCUACAAAACCAUGGAAUGGUAUUUCGAUGAAUGCUUCGGCCCCAAUGAUGACAGCGAAUGGGAUCCGACGGGAUUGUUUGUGUUCAAACAAUAAUUAAUCAUUCACAGUGGUGAAGGGAUUUAUUUGUAGAAGCAGGUGCUAAGUAGUUGCAUAAAUUAGUGUGAUUAGAGAUUCUAUAGGAAGCACAAGAAAAAAUUGAAGCAAUUAAGAAGAACACUGCGUUGCAACAACAAAGUUCAUAUGCAUGUAGUUGAGCGUUAAUGGAGUACGUUGAGUAUAUACGAGUAUGUGCACAUAUGUCGGUGAGCAAAACUAAGAGAGUUUGAGUACUCGUUUAUUGGCCUGUAGAUUUUGUGCGAAGCGGCACAGGGGGCGCGAUCUUAAUUAGGAAAAUUCAAGUUUUUUGCAUUUUUGAACGAAAAUAAUAUUACAAAUUAGUUUUUAUAUUUGAAGGCUUAGCAGAAACAUUAAGCUAAAUAACAAAGUUGAUUAGAAACAAAGCUUAAAUUAUAUAAAACUAUAUGUAAGUGGGUAUGUGCAGCAAAAAUUAUUUUAAAAAAAAAAAAUUAUUUAAUUAAUUAAUUGAAAGCUAUCAGAAAGCAAACGAAUUGUGAAGGAGUAAACGCAAACUGCAAGUAACGUGAUUAAUUUGUGCGACUGAUUAUUGAAAUAUGCGUAAACACAUUUAAUGAGCAUAAAAUGAACAUUUUAAUUAACAAAUUCAAAUUGAAAUAAAGCAUAUGAAAAAAAGAAUACAAAAUAAAAUUUAAAAUAAUAAAAAAUAAAAUACAAUAUUAAUAAAAAAUUAUGAUAUUAAAUUAUGAUAAUGAUUAAAAGAAAAAUUAAUUAAACUAAGUGAUUGCAUUGAGUUAACGGUUUAUCAUAUUUAAAGUAAAUUAUAUAUAAAUUAAAUGUAUUUACUAAUUUUUUAUACUCGUUCAAGCGCGCGUGCCACAGUCGAUUACACGUGCGCGCAACAAAACAUAUGAAUAUAAUAUUUAUUUACGGUAUUUUUGCAUAAACAAACAUGCAUAAAAUUUAUAUAAAAAAAAGAAUUAUAUAUAUAUAUAUGUAUGUAUAUUUCAUAUUUAUUUAAUGUUAAUAUGUUGCGAUAUUUAUUAAGUGUAUCAUUAAAUGUACUGUUAUGUGUAUUUAUAGGUGUACAUAUGUAUAUGUGAAACGCUCAAGGCAGCGCACUUGUAUAUGUGUGUGUAUAUGUUAAUUCAUUAUACCGUUAUUCACAAAAUGAAUUAAAAUUGACUGAAUGUUAUUUUUUAUAUGUAUAUGUAUGUAUGUAUGUAAUUAAUUGAAAUGCAUAAGUUUAUGAAAAUUAACAUUUUUUAGCUUUAAAGCGUGUAUUAUGAUUAAAUUAUGUAUAUUAACUAAGUUCGAGCAGUCAGAUAAUAUAUAUGUUAAAUUCGGUGUUAAAUAUGUGGAUAUGUGCAUUAAACUUUUUCAACACGAUUGCCGUGAAUUAUAUGGCAUUAUAUGCGCGUACUCGUGUAUAUAGUUGCUAAACUGCGUAAAAAAAAAUCUUUUUCAUUUUAUACUCUGAAAAGUUGGUUGGUAGACACUUCAAAAAAAUUCUUUCCAAGUAUGAGCACUUAAUAGUAAUAGGAAGAUACUCCGCUACUCAGUUUCCUAUUUUUUCAUGGUGAAGUACCAACAAAUUUUUGAAAACAAAUUUUAAAAAAAAUCGAUUUUUUUGACCCACACUAAUAAGUAUAAAAGUAUGUUGAGUAUUAUACAAAAUUUAUAAUCCUUAUAUAUGAUUUUUUUGUAUUUGGAAAAAAGUAAAUAUUUUUAAAUCACGUUCAACAUAAUAUUUAAGUAAGUCAUACAAAUUUGUAUUUAUUUGUAAUAUUUUGUUCAUUUUUUAUGUACAUAUAAUUUGUAAAAAAAUAUUUUAAUAGUACAUAGUAAAAUUGGUUAACAGACUACAAGCUUACAACUAUUAUGUUAACAACAUACUGCAGCUUUUUACAUACUGUGGAGAAGCCGGUAAUUUUUACAGCUAUGUUAUUUAUCUUCUAAUAAAAAGAAUAAUCUUAGUUCGAAUAUAUUUUGUUUUUGUUACAAAUAUUUCAAGCAGUCCAUGGUCGCCCAGCAGCUU